AUGGGCACAAGAGAGGACGAAUAUGAUUAUUUGUUUAAAGUGGUUCUCAUAGGGGAUUCUGGGGUGGGUAAAAGCAGUCUUCUCUCGCGUUUCACUAGAAAUGAGUUCAAUUUGGAGUCGAAAUCCACAAUAGGAGUGGAAUUUGCGACACGAAGUAUAGAGGUGGACGGCAAGACCAUAAAGGCGCAGAUAUGGGACACCGCCGGCCAGGAGCGCUACCGCGCGAUCACGUCGGCGUACUACCGCGGCGCGGUGGGCGCCCUCCUCGUGUACGACAUCGCGAAGCACCUCUCGUACGAGAACGUGGAGCGGUGGCUGCGCGAGCUGCGCGACCACGCCGACCAGAACAUCCUCAUCAUGCUGGUCGGCAACAAGAGCGACCUGAGGCACCUCAGAUCCAUCCCAACGGAAGAGGCGAAAGCCUUCGCAGAAAGAAACGGUCUUAGUUUUAUAGAAACGUCUGCCCUCGACUCGACCAACGUGGAGCCAGCAUUCCAGAACAUAUUGACAGAGAUCUACAGGAUCGUGUCGCAGAAGCAGAUGCGCGAGCCGCCCGAGGGCGACGUGAUCCGGCCCGACGCCGAGCCGGCGGACGUGCGGCCGGCGGCCGACUCCGUUCGCAAACAGUGCUGCCAG